AUGACUUGUAGAAUUCGUAUACUUAGAGAAGGAGGAUAUUUUAAUUUGUUUAAGAAAAUCGGUUAUUAUAACAAUUUUAUAAAAUCUCAUGAUUUUAUUAAUUUCAAUCGAAAGUAUUUUACAACUGGAAAUUUAGAGAACAACGAUUCAAAAGAUGAUACUAUUCGAAUAGACGGUGAUUCUUAUCCAGUAGAUGAUUUUACAAAUGUAACUUCGAGUAUAUUAUCAAAGAUUAAAAGAAAAUUACAUUUACGUCCAUCACAUCCAAUCUCAAUAUUACGAAAUUUAAUUGAAACUCAGCUCAAUGAUUUUCGACAUAUUCAUGCAUUCAAUCCAAUCGUAAGCACUCGACAAAAUUUUGAUGAUCUUGGCUUUCCCAUUGAUCAUGUUGGAAGAAAUAAAACCGAUAGUUAUUACAUUAACAGAUCUGUAAUGUUACGUACUCACACAUCGGCGCAUCAACUUCAAAUCCUUUCCGCGGGUGAAAAUAAAUUUCUGGUGAGCGCCGAUGUUUAUCGAAGAGAUGAAAUCGACUCUAGUCAUUAUCCAGUAUUUCAUCAAAUGGAAGGUGUUCAAGUUUUCGAUAUUGCCGAAGCAAAAGAACAAGUCUCGCGUGAGAUUACUAAAAUGGGACAAUUCAAUUAUUCUUCUGUACUAAUUAGUAAUGAAGAUGAAAAAGACUCGGAUACAUCAAUUGAUAAUCGAAAGAAUCCAAUACAAGCUUGUCAUCCUAUCGAGGCGGCUAAUUCAGUUGGCCUACAUCUCAAGCACACAUUAAAUGAGUUGGUAAAGAGAUUGUUUAAAGAUGAGAAAGAAUUAAAAGUUCGUUGGAUUGAUGCUUAUUUUCCAUUUACAAGUCCAAGUUGGGAAAUGGAAGUGUUAUAUCAAGGAAAAUGGCUGGAAAUAUGUGGAUGUGGUGUUAUAUUACAAGAUAUUAUGAAUAAAGCAGAAAGACCAAAUGAGAUUGGCUGGGCUUUCGGUCUUGGAUUGGAAAGAAUUGCAAUGGUUUUGUUUGAUAUACCUGACAUUCGACUGUUUUGGUCAAAAGAUCCGCGAUUCUUGGAUCAAUUUACCUUCAAUGAAAUAAAAAAGUUCAAACCUUUUUCAAAGUAUCCCGCUUCCGCUAGAGAUAUCAGUUUUUGGGUGGACAAUAAUACCGAUUUCCAUGAGAAUAAUUUUUGUGAACUUGUGAGAAGCGUCGCUGGAGACCUGGUGGAAGACGCGAAAAUGAUUGAUGAAUUUAUACAUCCCGUUUCGAAAAGGCGAAGUUUAUGUUAUAGAAUUAUUUAUCGAUCUAUGGAUAGGAAUGUAACGAAUGAGGAGAUUAAUCAAAUACAAUUGAAUGUUCAGAAAGAAGUUCAAACUCAACUUGGUGUAACUCUUCGCUAA